UAUUUGGGGUCUAAUAGUUUUGUGCAACCAUCUCCCUCUUUCCCCAUCUUGUACUGGAUAAGGAAAUCCCCUUCCUCUUUCUCUUUCUCAGCAAACCAAUAAGCCAUGUCUCUCUCUUCUUUCUCUACAAUGCCCACCGCCAAGCUCCGCCUAAAAACCCUACCCACUUCCACCACAGUCACACCGUUAACUCUGCACUCUCCAUUUCUCCCUUCUUUCCGACUCCCAAAACAUAAACCCCUUUCAAUUCUCCGCAUUUCAACAUCUCCAGCUAUCUCUGCCUCUCUUGAAGCUGGAGUCGGAAUAAUGGCAACCAAACUUGGAAUGAUGAGUUUCUUUGAAGAUUCAGGAACAGUGGUGCCUGUUACUGUUGUAGGGUUUCGCGAAGGAAAUAUUAUUACUCAAAUUAAAACUGAAGCUACUGAUGGAUAUAGUGCUGUACAAGUUGGGUAUCGACGAGUUCGUGAUAGAAAACUAACUAAACCUGAAAUGGGUCAUCUUGAAAAAUCUGGGAUUAUUCCUCUCCGUCAUUUGCAGGAGUUUCGUCUUCAGUCUGUUGAUGGAUUUGAAGUUACACAGAAACUUGAUUUUAAUGAAUUAUUUAAAGAAGGUGAUUUGGUUGAUGUCGCUGGUACAACCAUUGGAAAAGGAUUUCAAGGUGGUAUCAAGAGGCAUAAUUUCAAGAGGGGUCAAAUGACUCACGGAUCAAAGAGUCAUAGACAACUAGGAUCAAUUGGUGCUGGGACAACCCCAGGGCGUGUAUAUAAGGGCAAGAAAAUGCCUGGACGAAUGGGAGGCACCAGGACAAAGAUUAGAAAGCUCAAGAUCGUCAAGAUUGAUGAUGAACUCAAGAUUCUAAUGAUCAAAGGAGCUCUUCCUGGUAAGCCUGGAAAUCUUUUGCGAAUAGCUCCGGCCAAGAUAGUAGGCAAAAACAUCCCCAAGAACUAAUUUUUGUUCCCUCUUCUUUUCUCAACUCUAUGAUGUGAUGUAAUUUAUUCUUUCAAAUUAUGAUAUUGUGUUUCAACCAAUUUCUACCUUCAAGUUUUAUUUGUCAGA